AUGUCAUCAGAAAAGAUUUGGAAAUGUGCACAUAGGCGAACUGACACAUCAGUACAUAGGAGUGGUUUGACCUACGUGGUUAGAAUACACAAAUUUUUGGAGAAGACAAAGAAGAAAAAAGUUGACAGGGAUGCAAAAAGUGAAUGGGAUGGAUCCAAUCCUGUAGUCCAGGAACAAGAGAAACUACGAAAAAAAGUCACUGGUUUGAUGAAAAAACAGAAGCUGCAGGCAGUGAGGCAGAUAGUGAAGAGACAGGAUGAUUCAAAACCCUGGAAUCAGGAGGCUAAAGCUAAGGUUGGGAGCCGUUUGAUAGAAUUGCUUUUGCAAACAGCCUAUAUACAGUCUCCAGCUAGUCAAUUGGCAGAUAGUCCACCGGAUAUUCGACCUGCAUUUGUUCACACAUUGAAAACUGUAAUGAUAGAAACAAAGAAUACUGGCAGAAGAUUCGGUGUUAUUCAGUGUGAUCCACUUGUGCGUAAAGGCCUCGAGAAAACUGCCAGGCACAUGGUGAUCCCUUAUAUGCCAAUGUUGGUGCCUCCAGUCAAGUGGACAGGUUAUGACAAGGGAGCACAUCUUUUUUUACCAUCCUAUGUCAUGCGCACACAUGGCGCAAGACAACAACGGGAAGCGGUUAAGAGUGCCUCCAGGGAGCAACUAAAACCAGUUUUUGAGGCCUUGGAUACUCUCGGAAGUACCAAAUGGAGGGUGAAUAAGAGAUUGCUUAAUGUCGUUGACAGGAUAUGGUCUAGUGGAGGCCGCCUUGCUGAUUUGGUUGAUCGUGAUGAUAUUGCUUUGCCAGCGCAGCCAGAUACAGAAGAUGAAGCUGUACUUAGGAAGUGGAGGUGGAAAGUCAAAUCUGUGAAAAAGGAGAACAGAGAAAGACAUUCACAGCGGUGUGAUAUAGAACUCAAACUUGUCGUUGCAAGGAAAUUGAAAGAUGAAGAAGGUUUCUUCUACCCACACAACCUUGACUUUCGAGGUCGUGCAUAUCCCAUGCAUCCACACUUAAACCAUCUUGGUUCAGAUGUGUGCCGGGGUAUUCUAGAGUUCUCAGAGGGACGUUCUCUAGGGAAAUCAGGGUUGCGUUGGCUUAAGAUACACUUGGCAAAUUUGUUUGCUGGUGGUGUGGACAAAUUAUCUCACGAGGGUCGGAUAGCAUUUACUGAAAAUCACCUGGAUGAUAUAUUUGAUUCUGCAGACAGACCACUUGAAGGAAGGCGCUGGUGGUUAAAUGCAGAAGAUCCAUUUCAGUGCUUGGCUGUGUGCAUUAAUCUCUCUGAAGCUUUGAGAAGCUCAUCUCCAGAGACGACCAUUUCACAUAUUCCCAUACACCAGGAUGGUUCUUGCAAUGGUUUACAGCACUAUGCUGCCCUUGGAAGAGACAAGUUGGGAGCAGCUGCUGUUAAUUUGGUUGCUGGAGAAAAACCUGCUGAUGUUUACUCGGGAAUAGCGGCUAGAGUUCUUGAAAUUAUGAAGCGAGACUCACAGAAAGAUCCUACAGCUUUUCCAGAUGCAUUGCAUGCAAGGGUUUUGAUCAAUCAGGUGGAUAGAAAGUUGGUGAAGCAGACAGUGAUGACUUCAGUGUAUGGUGUCACUUAUAUUGGUGCUCGGGAUCAAAUUAAAAGAAGAUUGAAGGAACGUCAUGCCAUUGCGGAUGAUACAGAGCUCUUUCGUGCAUCUUGUUAUGCUGCAAAAGUAAGUAGCAUUGAUAAUUCUGUAGCUUUACAUCUAUACCAAGUUAAAAAACUUGUUCCAUACAUAGAACAGUUGUUGCAUCCAUAA